AUGAGGGUUACGACUAGCGAGCCUUCCUCGCCGACUGGGACAUUUGGGUUCUGUCGUGAAGGAGGCCAUCAUCAUCGGACAGGAACGCAUCCGCAUUCGCUGUCGUCGAGGAGGAAGCCGCGGCGAUGGCCGCUGGUGUUCCGGUUCAUCAAGGGUGCGAUCCAUGGUGCGAUUCUCGUUCCUGUGUCUCUGCAUGCGUUGUUUACGGCGCUUGUCGUCUACCUGGAUGAGUGUGUUUUCGACACCGUCGGUUUGCCGAACUCCAUUAUUCCAUCUCUGUCUAUCGUUGUGGGUUUGAUGCUCGUCUUCCGGAAUCAGACUUCUUACAAUCGAUUCUGGGAUGGCCGCAACGGCAUGAAUACGAUCAACACCUGUGUCCGGAAUCUCGUUCGUACAAUCGCCACAAACGCCUACAACAAUAGCGGGCCGCCCACGGCCGCUGAGAAGCAGGACAUCGAGCGGACGAUCCGCAUUCUCAUGGCCAUCCCCUUCGCCGUCAAGAAUCAUCUGCGGGCCGAAUGGGGCGCGGCAUGGGCUCUGGGAAGCGAUGUAAAUGAAAACGGUACCGCUGGGUACGAUCCGGACUACGCGAGUCUUCUUCCCGCGGGCCUGGAGGGUCAUGAGGAUGAUGGGCUGGGCCUGCCUUUCCAGCUGACCUUCUUCGUCGAUGGCUUCAUCAAAAGAGGCGUGGAGCGGGGCUGGUUCAAUGCCCCCGGCGCAAGCCAAAUGCAAGGACAGCUGAAUACUCUGACCGAUGCGUAUGGGAAAAUGGAAACCAUCAAGCUGACACCCAUACCUGUCGCGCAUUUGAUCCACCAAAAACAAGUCCUCGCGCUGUACGGCUGUGUCCUCCCCUUCGCCAUGGUCGACGAUAUGGGAUGGUGGACUAUUCCAAUAGUCAGUUUGGUGAUCUUCACCCUGUACGGUAUUGAAGGAAUCGGCUCGCAGCUGGAAGACCCCUUUGGGUACGAUCGGAACGACAUCAAGAUGGAUGCCAUCGUCGGGGAUGCCAAGAUUGAAAUCGGUGCUGUUCUUUCGGAAUGGCGCAAACUCAUGGCUUCGGUCGAUUCGAGCUCUCAAGCUGGCGAGAGAAACGGUGAGGCUGACAAUCAGCCCCAGCCUAAAGCGGACUUUGUUCCUCCUGAUAUGUUUCUGAAAAGUGUACCAGGACCUUCGAGGUGA